AUGACUAAGAAAAAAGGCAAGAGAAAAGUUAGCGAAGCAGACAAAAUUGCUUUGAAGUUGGGUUCUAAUUCUAAAGAUCAAACAGAACAAUGUAAUACUGCAAUGCAAGUUGAAAUGGAUCGUGAAGUUGCAGAUAUUAAUGUAGGACAAAUAUCAAACAAGACUAAUAGUUUAAAAAACUGUUUAACUCAAAAUAAAGAAAUAUUUCAAGUAAUUUAUGAUGUUAAAAACGAGCAAAAGGAAUUUUAUAAGAAAACUCGUGAACAAUUAAAUGAACUAUUGGAAAAAGUUGACCAAUUUAUGAUUCCUGAAAACUCUUAUUGGAAGAAUUUAGCAUCAAAAACUUGUAAAAUUCAAUUACCCAUUCUUGGGAUUUAUACAGAAGGUAUUGCAUUUCAAAAAGCAUUUGAGGCUAUGCUUGAACAAGAAAAACCUGGAUACAUUGAGAAGCAUGGACCUCAAUGGAUGCAUAUUUAUGAAGGACGAAUUAAACCUUUGUGUAAUGAUAUAAUUAAAAGUUGGCGUUGUGAUAAAACCAAAGAUAUCCGUGCUGCCAUAUUUGACAUAUUUGGUGAAGAUUGGCUAGUUCAUAUAAAUACUACUGCAUCAGCUGAUGAUAUUUGUUCAUUUAAACAAUCACGUAAAACCAAAAAAGCAUUCGAAUGCUAUAUUUAUUUGGAUUGUCUUUCUAAUUCAAAGGAGAUAACCGCAAAUACUACUAAACAAAUUAGACUUAUGGAACUAUGUAAAGAAAAUGAUAGUAAUACUAGUAGCAACAAUAGCGGUGAUAGUGAGAGUAAUUAUGAUCAAGAAUUGGAGGAUAAUCAAGAAUUAGGGGAUAAUCAAGAAUUGGAGGAUAAUCAAGAAUUGGGGAUAAUCAAGAAUUAG